CGUUUGUAGUUCUUUUAUUGCAUUACAUUCACUUCAAAGUUUUUUUUGUAAACAAUAAGUCGUGUCGAGUGUGAAAAAUUCUAGUUUUAACAACAAAUAGUGGAUUUUUGUGGUAGACAAUUUCAAUUAUGGGGACGAGCGAUGAGACAAAAACCGACGAUGAUGGCACAACAUCAGCAGCAACGAUUUUUCCCAUUCCAGCCAGUCAACGGGUGAAGCGACAAGGCAUGGAUUUCUAUGAAAAUACACUCGGCGCACCAAAAUAUGUUGUUGCCCCCAUGGUGGAUCAGAGUGAAUUGGCAUGGCGAUUGCUCAGCCGACGUCAUGGUGCACAGUUGUGCUACUCACCAAUGUAUCAUAGUAACGUUUUUAUUCAAGACCCAAAAUACCGAGAACAAGCACUUCAAAGUUGCUCUGAAGACAGACCAUUAAUCAUCCAGUUUUGUGGAAAUGAUCCAAAAAUAUUAUUGGAAGCAUCGUUAAUUGCUCAAGACCAUUGUGACGCAAUCGACAUUAACUUAGGCUGUCCACAAGCGAUAGCAAAACGUGGACAUUACGGUUCUUUCUUGCAAGACGAAUGGCAACUACUUCAAAAAAUAGUUAGUACGUUACACAAAGGCUUGGCUGUUCCAGUUACGUGCAAAAUUCGACGCUUCAACGAUUUGAGCAAAACCAUAAAAUAUGCACAAAUGCUCGCUAAUGCUGGAUGUCAAAUGCUUACUGUUCAUGGCAGAACAAGAGAGCAAAAAGGUCCUUUCACUGGUGUAGCCGAUUGGAAUUACAUUAAAGCCGUUCGUGAUAGUGUAUCGGUGCCUGUUUUAGCCAAUGGAAACAUUUUAUCGGUGGAAGAUAUCGACGAUUGUAUACGGGAAACAAAUGUGGUUGGUGUCAUGACAGCUGAAGGUAAUCUACACAAUCCGGCGAUUUUUGAACGAAACUACAUACCAGUGACAUGGGAUUUGGCCAACGAAUAUUUGGAUAUUGUUGAAAAAUAUGAGUGUCCAAGGGGUUACGUUCGUGGUCAUAUUUUUAAAAUGCUACAUCAUUUGCUUGCAUUGAAACAGAACCAAGAAACACGAGACGAAGUAGCGACAGCUCAGACAAUUGCACAAUUUCGUUCGAUCGUAAAUCGGCUUAAAGCUAUAUUCGAACCAUAUCAUACGGGUCAAGCGGUGUGGACGAAAGAAGAUGAAAAAUCAAACGAUUAUAAUCUAUCGUUGCCGCCAUGGAUUUGUCAGCCGUACAUUCGAAUGCCGCCAGAAAAACAUAUUGAAUAUCUUGCACAAAAGGAAAAAGAAGCAUCCGAACGAGAGAAAAUCGACUAUUUCGAUGAGGACGGACGAAAAAUCUCGAAAAAUACAAUGAAAAGACUUAAAAAGGCGGCACGAAAAUCACAUGCCGAGAGAUUACGCCAAAAACAAAAUAGCAAAUUUGAAAUAUGCAAUGGAACGAAAUGUGCCAAUCCAACGGGUCUGAAAUGUGAUCAUAAAAUGUGCCGUCAAUGUUGUAGAGAUAAAUGCCACACGGAUAAUUUGGAAUGUGAGGGUCAUAAAUGUCGAGUGGAACCCGUCAAACGGAAAAACAUAUGUCCAAACAAUACAGAAAUUAGCCAAACGGACCAACCAAAAUGAUAUUAAACACUUAAAUAUUACAUUCAAAUAUGUACUUCUGAUUAUUAUAAAGAACGAUGUGAAAUAAAGAGGAAAAUAUUUCUAUUUUUGAAAUGAAAAUAAAACAACAAACCAUUGGAAUUAAAUGUGGAAAUA